AUGACUACAGUAUUAUCAGAUCGUCAAAGGGAAGAGCUUAACAAGGCUAUCCUUGAUUAUCUUUAUUCAAAUGGUUUUACGGAAUCGUUUAAUUCGCUUAAAUUGGAAGCGCAUAAUGAUGAUUUUAAUCCUGAUCCAAAACAAAAAUAUGCUGGAUUAUUAGAAAAGAAAUGGACUUCGGUUAUUCGAUUGCAAAAAAAGAUUAUGGACUUGGAAAAUAAAAUUACUCAAAUGCAAGAAGAAUUGAACAAUGCACCAAUUAGAAAGACCAAUAAUGCAGUCGAUUGGGUACCCCGCGCUCCGGAAAAAUACUCAUUAACGAGUCAUAGAAGUCCCGUAACCCGAGUUACAUUUCAUCCCGUAUUCUCGGUAUUAGCUUCGGCAUCAGAAGAUUCCACAAUAAAAAUUUGGGAUUAUGAAACUGAUUUGACAAUAAAAGUUUGGGAUUUACAAAAUGAUUAUAAAUGUAUCAAGACUUUGUACGGGCAUGAUCAUAGUGUUUCUUCUGUCGCAUUCUUACCAUCUGGUGAUAUUAUUAUGUCAGCUUCUCGCGACAAAACAAUUAAAUUUUGGGAAGUGACCUCAGGUUAUUGUACAAGAACUUUUGUUGGCCAUUUGGAAUGGGUACGAAUGGUUUCCCCAAGUGAGGAUGGCAAAUGGAUCGUGACUAGUUCUAAUGAUCAGACUGCACGCCUUUGGGAUAUUGGUUCUGGAGAAUGCAAAAUGGAAUUUAGAGGUCAUGACCAUGUGGUGGAAUGUGCAAUUUUUGCACCUGCCGAUGCAAUUCCAUAUAUACGAGAGAUGAUAGGACUUGUUGUUGAUUAUAUUGUUACAGGAUCGAGAGAUAAAACUAUAAAAAUUUGGGAUUCUACAGGUCAAUGUGUAAAGACAUUGGUAAGUUUAGUUUUUCAUCCAAGUGGGAAAUAUCUCUUUAGUGCAUCUGAUGACAAGACCUUAAAGAUAUGGGAUAUGAAAACUGGGCGAUGCUCCAAAACUCUAGAAGCACAUGCCCAUUUCGUGACAUGUAUUGCAUUUAAUAAAACUAGUCCCGUGGUAGCUACCGGUUCAGUAGAUCAAUCGGUAAAAAUUUGGGCUCCGUAUAGGUGA